GAGAAAAAAAACCAUGGUUGCGAGUCGAGUACUCGUUGUAUUUGCAGCUUGCCUUCUUCUUCCGAUGUCCGUCAAGUCUAUGGUUCGACGUUACAACUUCACGGUAUGUGCGUGACCGGUCCUGAUGAGUAUAUUGGAACCGGUAGUGAUGAAGAACACGACGAGGUUGUGCGCGUGGAAACCAAUCGUGGUAGUAAACGGGAAGUUCCCGGGGCCCACUCUCUACGCGAGAGAAGAUGACACGGUUCUUGUGAGGGUAUCCAACCAAGUCCAACAGAACGUUUCAAUUCACUGGCACGGAGUGAAGCAGUUUCGGACCGGGUGGUCGGACGGGCCAGCGUACAUAACCCAAUGCCCAAUCCAGAGAGGCCAAACAUUUGUGUACAACUUCACAGUCACAGGGCAGAGGGGAACUCUGUUUUGGCAUGCACACAUCAAUUGGCAAAGGUCUACUGUCUAUGGUGCAAUUGUCAUACUCCCCAAACGCGGCCUUCCUUACCCCUUUCCUAAGCUUAUAAGGAGAAAAUCUUACUCUUAGGAGAGUGGUGGAAAAUAGAUGUUGAAGAUAUGAUCAAUAAUGCAAUGAGAUUAGGGAUUCCCCCAAAAGUAUCAGAUGCUCACACUAUUAAUGGCCUCCCUGGACCUACUCCUAACUGUUCCAAAAAAGGCUACACAUUGGAAGUGGAGAGAGGGAAAAAAUAUUUGUUGCGCAU